AUGGCAGGCAGUGUAAGUGUGAGGGAGUCGAUGGUGGUGAAGCCAGCGAGUGAGACACCUAGGCAGUCUUUGUGGAUGUCCAACUUGGACAUGAUCAGUUCAAAUUCUCAUACUCCCUCUGUCUACAUCUACAAGCCAAAAGACAGUUUCUUUGACCCGCGUGUGCUCAAGGACGCGCUCGGCAAGGCCCUCGUCCCCUUCUACCCCUUGGCCGGCCGUCUGAGGCGAAACAACGACGACAAGAAUGGUCGUAUUGAGAUCAAUUGCAAUGCUGAGGGCGUCUUGUUUGUUGUGGCCAAUAGCAGCUCCUCCGCCCAUGAUUACGCCGAUUUGAAGACCUGUCUUGAGUCAGGAAGAUGGCUCAUUCCCGCGGUAGAUUACUCCGCGGGGAUUUCUUCUUUUCCACUGUUGGUGGUUCAGGUAACAUACCUGAAAUGCGGUGGAGUUGCACUUGGUAUUGGCGUUGAACACAGCACAGCGGAUGGGUUUGCUGCUCUCCACUUUAUAAAAGCAUGGUCUGAUAUGGCUCGUGGUGUCGACUUGGCAAUCCCACCAAUCAUCGACAGGACAUUACUUCGUGCCCGAGACCCGCCUCAACCUCUCCCUAACCACAACCACCAUGUUGAAUACCAUCUUCCUCAAGCCGCCGUCGCUUCUGAUUCCGAUCAUGAGACCGCUACAGUCUCCGUUUUCAAGUUCACAAGGGAUCAGGUCAACAUCUUGAAAGCUAUGUCCUUAACAACAAAGAAAAAUGAUGACGAUGUUGAGAAUGGGAAGUACUCUUCGUAUGAGGUCGUGGCAGCUCAUGUAUGGAAAUCUGCUUGCAAGGCACGUCAACUUGCUUAUGAUGAAGAGACACAAUUCAACAUUGCCGUAAAUGGAAGGCCAAGAUUGCAGCCCCCGCUCCCAGCUGGUUACUUUGGUAAUGUGAUAUUCUCAUGUGUGCCUUCUGCCCUAGCAGGUGACCUCAUGUCGAAACCGAUAAGUUACGCUGCGAGCUGCAUUCACAAGGCUUUGGUGCGUAUGGACGAUGAGUAUCUCCGGUCGGCCCUCGACUAUCUUGAUCUUCAGCAAUCUCAUCAUCAUCUGUCGAGCCUUGCUCGCUCAGCUCAUUACUAUAAGAGCCCUAAUCUUGGGAUAACAAGCUGGGUUACGCUGCCUAUAUAUGAUGCUGAUUUUGGAUGCGGAAGACCGGUGUUCAUGGGACGCGCUGGACUUUCACUUGAAGGGAAGGCUUACAUGGUGCCAAGCGCAAGCAGUGAUGGGAGUUUCUCGCUGGCCAUUUCUCUGCAGUCUCGACAUAUGGAUUCAUUUUCCAAGUUGAUUUACGACAUCUGA